UACAGAUACCAGCCUCAUUUUCAUUCUUUUCUUCUGAAACACGCUCCAGCCAUUGUUGUCAGAAAGAAACCCACCAAAGGCUGAAAGAAAACUCCACCAUUAUUCUAAGAUGUCAUCAGAAGAUUAUGAUGGUUGUGUAGUGAGAUUACGUGGUCUUCCAUGGUCUGCUACAGCUGAAGAAGUCCUCAAAUUUUUAGAUGAUAUAGCUGUUGUUGGUGGAGAGAAUGGUGUCCAUUUCACUUACUCCAGAGAAGGCAGACCAAGUGGGGAAUGUUUUAUAGAACUAGUUGACGAGUCCAAUUUACAGAAGGCUUUACAGAAAAAUAAUGAACACAUGGGAAAUAGAUAUAUUGAAGUAUUUAGGUCAAAGAAAAGUGAAAUGGAAUGGGUAAUAAAAAGAGCAGGACCAGGACAAAUGCAGGGAACACAGGAUGCUGUGGUUAGAUUACGUGGUUUACCGUUUGGUUGUUCAAAAGAAGAAAUAGCACAGUUCUUUACAGGGUUGGAGAUUGUACCUAAUGGGAUUAUGCUACCGGAGGAUCGUCAGGGGAGAAGCACGGGGGACGCCUAUGUACAGUUUGCAUCACCAGAUUUAUGUGAAAAAGCGUUGUUGAAACACAAAGAAAGGAUUGGGCACAGGUACAUUGAAAUUUUCAAAAGCAGUUUAAAUGAAGCCUAUGGACAAAUAAAUCCCUCCCGGUCCAUGAUACGACCAUUAAUGUCUGGCAGUGGUAUGGGAGGAGGAGGAGGUAUGAAUAGACCAGGACCUUAUGACAGAACUGGACGAUUUGGAAUGGGUUCCGGAAUGGGUAUGGGUGGUGGAGGAGGAAGUAUGGGAUACGGAAUGGGACGAGGAGGACGUAAUGUUAAAGGAUUUUUUGAAGAAGAUUUUGAUGACUUUGGAAGUGGUUAUGGUAGUGGAAUGGGAGGAUUCAGUUCACGAGGACGACGUGGAGGAAUGGGCAGUAUGGGUGGAUCGAUGAGACCAUCAAGGGGUGGGGGACUAGGAUUGGGAUCCCUUGGAGCUAUGAGACAAAGAGGUGCCACACCUGGUAGUCAUUAUGUCAGUAAAACUGGUCAUUCUGUUCAUAUGAGAGGGUUACCUUUCCAGGCAUUAGAUACAGAUAUAGCUGAGUUUUUUUCACCCUUGGGUAUAAAGCCAGUUAGUGUGGAAAUUGAAUAUGGUCCAAAUGGACGACCAACAGGUGAAGCUAAUGUAGAUUUUGCUGGUCAUCAAGAAGCUGUAGAAGCCAUGAAAAAUCAUAAGAAAAAUAUGCAACAUAGAUAUAUAGAAUUAUUUCUGAAUUCCACGCAAACAGGAAAGACAAAUUAUGGAAGUGGUGGAGGUUUUGGUGGAUCAAAUUCAUCCGGUGGUGGAUUUGGUGAUGGGGGUUUCAAUAAUGGAGGUGGAUUUGGAGAUGGAUAUGAUGGUGGUUACGGAGAUAACAUGAGCGGUGGUGGUGGUGGUGGCAUGAUGGGCGGAAGCAGCAUGGGUGGGGGUGGUAUGGGAUCUGGGAUGGGUAGUGGCUAUGGAGGUGGCUCAAUGGGAGGAGGAAUGGGGGGAAUGGGUGGAGGAAAUCCAAACUAUACUGCAUUCUAAACAGAACAUCCAUGACUAUAAUUUCAUCUCAUUUUACAUUGUAAUCAAUUGUCCACCUUGAUCAUUACAGAAUACAUGUUUGUCUCAAAUGCCAUAAACACAUUGUUCAUUAUAUUGAUUGUAACAUCAGAUUUGAUUUUGUAUCUUUAUUGUGAUCUACAUGUACCAUGAAAACAUGUUCAGAAAAUUUUGUUCAUAAACUAUGGUAUUAAGUCAUUAAAGUAAAUUUGCUCAUCUAUGUCUGUUUUUGUCCCAUCUUGAAGAAAAUUUGUGUGAACAAUGAUCUGAAAGUGUUGUUAAUUAUGUGAUCUUUAGUUAAUGAUUUAUCUUUCGUUGAAGACUUAUGUUGUCAUUUUCAUAUCAUUUAACCAUCAUGUCAUCAUUAAAUCUUUUAUAUACAA